AUUCGACUCCGCAGUCUCGUAGUGUGCGCCCAGUUCAACCAGUGUCAGUGUUUACUCUUCAAUUUAGCGAAAAUGAAAGCCAUCGUGAGUGCAUUGUGCGCCGAAAACGCCCUAACCUCGGGUAGAGUGUCAAAACAGCGAAAGGAUAUCGAAAACGAGGAGAUCCAGAUGUACUUGAGCAAGCUCAAGGAUUUAGUGCCGUUCAUGCCGAAAAACAGGAAGUUAUCCAAGUUGGAGGUGAUCCAGUACGUGAUAGACUACAUCUGCGAUCUUCAGAGCGCGCUGGAAACGCACCCGACAGUGAACUCCUUUGAUGCCGCUUCAGCCCUCAACCAGAAAAAAUCCCAGUCAGCGGCCAGCCCCAGGCAACCCCUUGGAGUGAGGCCGAACCCCAACACGAUACUCUCCCCUUGCGAGGCCGCCAUCCUCCAAAACAUCACGAGUCCCGAAGCGAUAUCGCCGUCCGAAAGGCAUGUUUCGUGUUGAACGGCUCAGUCCCACCAAAGUGAUUUUAAAUAAGUCAUCAUCCUCAACGAGGAUUCCUCAUUCCAAUCUACGGACGUUUCAAGAAAUCGCCUCAUCUAGAACAUAGGAAUCGACUGAUAAAACAUUAUUAUUUAUAUCUUAGACGAGUGGUGAAGAUGAAGAACGAGGAAGAAUGGUGAUGCGAGGAAGAAGAGAGAGCACUUAGUGAUGUACCUGUUUAUGUUGCAAUUGUUGUUUAGAUUUUUAUCUUUAUCUAUUGUUUUGUAAAUACGAAUAUAAAAUAGGCGGGUUUUAACAAUCUAUGUAAAUUUAUUUUGGCAUCGGACGAAAGUUCUUCGAGGAUUUUUUGACGCUCUGCCAUGAUCACAGAUUUUUUUCUUUAAUAAUUUAAUUAUUUGUGACUUUUUUAUUCUGUGAUUUUUAGUAUAUAAUAUAUGUACAAAAUAUAUCCUUCAUUAUUUAAUCGCAACAGAAAAUGAACCAUUUGAUGAUUUGUUAUUGUGAUUUUUAUUAUGUACAUUUUUGUUUUAGAAAACUUUUGUAUAUAGUUACCUAUGUAGCAACUUAGUGUUGUUAAAAAAAUUAUUAUUCUAUGAAAGUAUUGACUUGAAUUAAAAUAUGAUUUUAUCCUAUA